GCACAUCGAAGCAAGCAACCAUUCCCGCUGACAAUCACACCUAAAGGCAAUUUACUCUAACCAUAAUCUACAACUUUUUUUCCCGAGGUGUAACUUUUGCAGCUAAAGUGACGAUGCAGUUUAUCUGCACGCUUUCACUCAUUGAGAUCUGCUCUGCUCAAGCGCACACCGUUGUGAUUAAAGUCACAAAUUGUUGUUGUGCUUAUUUUGUUCUGGGCGGCACCGUGGAUCAGCUGGUAAAGCGUUGGCCUCACUGCUCAGGUCCCGGGUUCAUUCCCGGACCCUGCCUGCGUGGAGUUUGCAUGUUCGCCCCGUGCCUGCGUGGGUUUCCUCUGGGUACGCCGGUUUUCGUCCCACAUGCCAAAAACAUCCAACAUGAAUUGGACACUCUAAAUUGCCCCUAGGUGUGAUUGUGAGUACGGCAUUUUGUCUCAAUGUGCCCUGCGAUUGGCUGGCAACCAGUUCAGAGUGUACCCCGCCAACUGCCCGUUGACAGCUGGGAUAGGCUCCAGCACUCCUCGCGACACUCGUGAGGAUAAGCGGCAAAGAAAAUGGACGGAUGGAUAUUUUGUUCUGGCACUAGCAUUAUUUUCAUAUGCUUUAGUUUGAUUUUUGAUCAAAUUUUGCUUUCGUUUGUCAACUGUGUGUGCGUAAUAAACUGAUCACAGUGAUUGUGUUUUAUGACACAAAAAAAAUUAAUGUUACAGGUAUUUGGAACUGAAAAAUGUCCUAUUGAACUUUAAAAUCAAAUCAAUUUAAGAAGACCUAGAAAUGAUCACUUCAUUUUCUACAGGAGCAUCAUUACCUUUAGCGCCCACUACCACAAUGUUUUAUGUAUUUUUUUUCACUUUCAAAUUCACCCUCUGAAACCCAACAGUGGGAUAGUUUUGGGCCGCAGGCUUUAUAUUUGAAACCCUGUUGGAGCCUAUUUAUUGAGGCUAUUUUCAGGGGUCGAGGGGGAGGCAUCAAUUACUUGCUGUUAUUUGCUUUUUACUGCAAAAAAACCCCAAAACUUCUAGUUCCUCUGCUGUUUUGCUUUUGAUGACCUCUUUGUUUUCUUUUUUCUAAAUUCCAAUUCCCAUAGUGUUUGUCUUUUGCUCACAGAGAUUUUCUUUGUUUUUGUGUUUUCUACCCCCCUCCGCCUCACAUCAGCGGAAACAAUGGAACAGUUUUCCGGACACAGGCGGAGAUGGCGCACACGUGUCGCGGGACAAUCAACCUGGCAACCGCCCACAUCGACACGGAGGAUGCCUGCAAUAUUGUCCUGAGCAGCGGUGGCCGCACGUACCACCUGAAAGCCAGUACCGAAGUGGAGCGGCAGCGAUGGAUCACGGCCCUCGAGUUGGCCAAAGCUAAAGCCGUUCGCAUGAUGAACGACCAGUCUGACGACUCCGGAGACGAGGAGCCGGGCUCCCAGUCGGACCGCAGUGAGAUUCAGGGAACUUUAAAGAUACUCGUCAGCAAGCUCGAUGACCUCAGCACGUGCAAUGAUUUGAUCGCCAAGCACGGGGCCGCCUUGCAACGUUCUCUCAGUGAACUCGAGAGCCUGAAGGUUCCUGUGGAGGGAGGCGAGAAGAUAAAGGCGGUCAACGAGCGGGCCACCCUCUUUCGUAUCACUUCCAAUGCUAUGAUCAACGCUUGCCGAGACUUCCUGGACCUCGCCGAGACCCACAGUCGGAGGUGGCAGCGGGCGCUGCAGUAUGAGCGUGAGCAGCGCACCCACCUGGAGGAGACCAUCGAGCAGCUAGCGAAGCAGCACAACAGCCUGGAGCGAGCGUGGCGAGCGGCGCCGACGCUUUCCGCCAGCGCACCCAGCGCUCCGACGGGCAAGAAGGAAGGGAGUGAGAGGCCGCUCAAAGGAGAGGCGAGUGAUGAAGAUGAGGAUACGGAGUACUUUGACGCCAUGGAGGAUUCGCCCGCAUUUAUCACAGUGACGGCCGCUGACAACACGCAACACAGGCGAUCUCAGAGUAGCUUGAGCGGCGCAAGCGGAGGCAAUUCCUACGACUGGAACCAGGACGACCAAAUGUCUCCGAGCUAUAACGACGUGUCGGCAAAGGAGCUGCAGCCACGCAGACAGCGGCGGACCCGCGUUCCCGACAAGCCAAACUACUCGCUCAAUUUGUGGAGCAUCAUGAAGAACUGCAUUGGCAAGGAGCUCUCAAAAAUUCCAAUGCCCGUGAACUUCAACGAACCUUUGUCGAUGCUGCAGCGGCUAACUGAAGACUUGGAGUAUCACGAGCUUCUGGAUAAGGCAGCGCGCUGCGACUCCUCACUGGAGCAGAUGUGUCUGGUUGCCGCCUUCUCGGUCUCUUCAUACGCCACCACCGUCCACCGGACGGCCAAACCCUUUAACCCGCUCCUGGGGGAGACCUAUGAGCUCGAUCGCCUGGAGGAGUUUGGCUACCGCUCACUGUGUGAGCAGGUGAGCCAUCACCCCCCGGCUGCCGCACAUCAUGUGAUUUCCCAGCGAGGCUGGACCUUGUGGCAGGAAAUUACAAUUGCCAGCAAGUUCCGUGGAAAAUACCUCUCCAUAAUGCCUCUGGGUGCCAUUCAUCUGCAGUUCCACGCCAGCGGCAAUCACUACGUGUGGAGAAAAGUCACGUCCACGGUGCACAACAUCAUCGUGGGCAAGCUGUGGAUCGACCAGUCAGGGGACAUCGAGAUAGUGAAUCACAGGACCAAAGGGACCUGCCAACUCAAAUUCUCUCCCUACAGUUAUUUCUCCAGGGACGUUCCCAGGAAGGUGACGGGUGUGGUGGCGGACGGCGGUGGCCAGGCUCAUUACAUCCUGUCCGGUACGUGGGACGAGAAGAUCGAAAGCGCCAAAAUCAUCCAGAGCAGCCGAGGCGGGAGCGGAUCAGAGGGCAAGCAGAAGACCAUCUACCAGACCUUGACCCCAAAACUUUUAUGGAAGAAGUACCCUCUCCCAGAGAACGCCGAGAACAUGUACUACUUCUCAGCGCUGGCGCUGACCCUGAACGAGCCCGACGACGGGGUCUGCCUCACCGACAGCCGCCUUCGGCCGGACCAGAGGCUGAUGGAAGACGGCCGAUGGGACGAAGCCAACUCUGAGAAACAAAGGUUGGAAGAGAAACAAAGAGCCGUGAGGAGGAGGAGAGAAGCGGAGGCCUCGGAUGCCCUGGAUGAAGGUCGCGAAUACGAAGGGUACCGGCCGCUGUGGUUCCAGCAAAGGAGAGACUCGGUCACCGGGGAGACAAACUUUGUGUACAAAGGCGGCUACUGGGAGGCCAAGGAGAGACAGGACUGGACCGCGUGUCCCAAUAUAUUCUAACGCAGGACGGUUUCCAACCCCCGCCCCCCGCAUCAGGACCUCAGGAGACACGGGAGCCGGCUCUGGCUCGGCUCCUUCGGCGCUGCGAUGGCCCGGCAGGCUUACGAGCAUUGCGAGGAGACGGUGAAUGUGACACACAAACUCUUGCAACACUUCGUACCUCCAAAUGUACACGCCCGCUGCUUUACAGAUGGAAGUGCGACGGGAUGUUCGACGUCCCGCUGCGCCGAUCCCGUUGCAGGCGUAAGGCCACGCCCAACGAGGUGCUCGGACGACGGAAUUUUCAGUGUAGAUUCAAGUAGUUGCCCACACGGAAUUAGCAACGAGAUUUAUAAAAAGUCACUGUCAGUCUUCAAGUGAGUUACAGCAGGUAUCAUUUAUAAUCCCAAAAUGACUUUCUCUAUUUCUGUAUAUGAAUAAUGAGGUUGUUCCAGUUAGGGCAAAUCUAAUUUACCCGCAUCAAGAGAUUUUUGCUGUGAGCCGACGGCGCACAAAAGGGUUUUAAUCAGAUUUUCUGAGUCAUUGUUUUCAAUUUGAGUUAUUAUACAGGAAGUACUGUACUAUAUAAAUAAGUCAAGAAGUACAUUUUCACAGUGAAGUACCGUAAUUCCCGGCCUACAGAGCGCACCUUGUUUACAAGCCUCACCGAGUACAUUUGUAAAGGAAAUACCAUUUGGUACAUAAUACGCCGCAGUUGUGUAAAAGGCGCAAGUGAAACACGAGAUAUUUACAAAGAAAGACUAUACAUGGAGUUUAACGCUAGCGCUAAUGCUAGUGCUAACGUAAGCCCCCCGCUAAAGCUAGCGCUGCGAUAACGCUAACAGAGCCGGUUAAAAUAAAACUUAACGGUAAAUAUCACUGAGACACGCCAGUAACACGCUAGCGCAGCGCUAACAGGGCCGGGAAAAGUCACUUCCUCAGCACAUAUAUUGCACCGGUCUCACUCUUACCUUUUUCGCCGGAGUGGCCCCUUGUGGCCGUUAGAAAAAAUGCACAAAUUACCCGCAUCACCGCAUAAACCGCAAAGUUGAAAGCGUGUGGAAAAAAGUCGCGGCCGGAAAUUACGGUAUAUCACCGGUUAUAUUUAUUACUGUACUUCCAGUCAUUAUUUCAAUGGCUUGAGGAUAAAGCCAGUCUGUUUUAGCUGUAACAAAAAAAAAUGCUUUUCUCACAUUCUUUCAUGAAAAAAUAGCACACAGAGGGAAAUGAAAAAUGUUAACCUCUGUGAAAAUAAAUAUGGAUUAACAACAAGGAUGGGGGAAACAUUGAAAAUGUCAGCGGUUGUCGACCUUUUUCCAGUUUACAGAAUAUUUUGUUCGUCUUGCAAACACUGCGAGACUUUAUGGGAAUUAUGCAUUUAAGCAUGUUAUCAUUUAGAGAUUAGACUCAAUUGAGGCCGUCCUCGAAAAUAUUUAGUAGGAAAGUAAAGAAAACAUGGUCUAUUUUGACUUCCCUGGAGCAAUGGUACCGUAAUUCCCGGCCUGGACGCGCACCUGGUUAUAAGCCUCACAGUACAUUUACCAGUACAUUUGUAAAGGAAAUACCAUUUGGUACAUACAUACACUGCAGCUGUGUAAAAGCCACUAGUGCCCACAUUGAAACACGAGAUAUUUACAAAGAAAGAUAAUACACAGAAAGAGUUUAACGCUAGCGCCGCCACGCUAACGUUAACACUAGCGCUGCGUUAACAGGGCGGGUUAAAAAAAACAUACUGGUAAAAAUCACUGAGACACGGCAGUAACACGGUAGCGCAGCGGAAACGGGGCCGGACCGGUAAAAGUCACUUCCUCGGCACUUAUAUUCCACUGGUCUCACUCUUACCUAUUCAGCUCGAGUGCCCCCUCGCGGCCGUUAGGAAAAUGUGGACAAAUUAGCCGCAUUACCGCAUAUUCCGCAGGGUUGAAAGCGUGUGAAAAAAGUUGCAGCUUAUAGGCUGGGAACUACGGUAUUUUUUAAUUUUUACUUAUUUUUAAUGACAGCCACUUGUGUCGAAAUGGCUCCCAUUCAGCACUGCGAUUGUUCGGCAUGGGUCUCUGCAUCUGCACACCAAAUGGGAAACAGGCCAGUUUGAAUGUCAUACACAUUUUGGUACAAUUUCCCUCUAAAUUCUCAUAUCGCUAUGAAGUGCAGGUGCGCUUCCAAUGUGCGGAAGCGCUGUCGUUGUAGGUCGCAAUUGUACCUGGCCGACGAUAUUCUGUUGCAAUUCAUCGGGAUCAAGCAUCUCAGCAGUGAAUUAGCACAAUUCGCUGCGCAUGAAGUGGAGUUGCUAGACCUAAUCUUUUGUGUUCCUGUUGAUAAGAAAUAAAUGUACACUUUUUUUUCCCCAUUGGUGCAUCACAGCGCUUCCUAGCCGACCGCUUCCAAGUGACGGCGUCCGCUGUUCGGUACUAACACAAAAACGUAGAUCCGCUUGCUCUUCGGGCCUCCUCGUCGUCGCGUUCUAGUUUCUCCCAUCGCGAGCCUUGCGCCUCCAUUGUCGGCGGCUUCGGAGUUGUAGAAAAGAAAACGGGGCUGGUUCCCGUUUGGCGGCCAUCGGAAGCCGCAGAGGCCUUUGCUCCGCGCUCGCUUCCGUUUCCGACGUGUCGUCCGCCGUGUUUGUUCAACGAUCUCUGAUCAGCUAUCGAAGGUACCCUCGGUCUUCUGCCUUUAAUGGACUACACAUCGAGUGACGAGCUUUGAAAAACAGUAUUUUUUUGUUGUUGUAAUCGUCGGUAGGAAUAUAGAUUUUAAAGGCUAGAUGCGCCGUAUGUUCCGUCUAGUCCGUUUGCGUGACUAUUUUGUGAUAAGACGAUACUGUAAAAUAAAGUCGAGCGAGAAUGAAGUUUAUCUGUACGGCGUAUUUGAAAGACGGUCAUAAAUUAGCAUUUCCACUGGGAGAGUUGACCCGGAGACACGGGAGUUAGCGUCACGUUUCACGUUUGUUGCGUCAAAAUCACAGAAAAAGGGGGUUUCAUUUCUUUUAUGAAAAACACCGGGUAACAUUUUCUAGCAUUGGUAGACUGUCCCGACGAACUAACCAGGGUAACUAUUUACAGGACCUUCCCAUUUCUACAAAAAUUGGGAAUUACACAUUUAGUCAGAAGUCGAUGGACCUUUCCGAUGGUGAUCUUAAGCUCCGCCCCUUCAGCCAUGUCCCACAAGCUUUCGAAAUGGCGACUGAACAGAACAUGUUUGAAGUCAAUUCUCUCUCGCGUAUUCCAGAUAAUAUUGAGGUACGUUUUUUUUUUUUUUUUUGCCAUAAGCGUCAGACUUGUCCAAGAGAGUUCUACAGAGAGGUCUCAACUAUUUAACGCAAGGAUAUGUACCCGAAAUUAAGAUUUUGGACGGAGCGGGACGCAAUGUCAGAGUUACGGCGAGACGUUGGCGAUUGAUGCAAAAAAAAAAAAGUUUGAUGCCUUGCAAACUUCAUAUUGAAAUCCAACAGGAUAAAAUAGUGGAAUCGUACUGCGCAUGUAAAGCCGGGUUCAUCUGAGAUAUCACGCUGUGGUGACCCCUAACUGGACAAGCCGAAAGAAACUUACUUCCCUUCGAACAUCCAGCCUUGUUUGUUGAUAUUGUCCACAUUUAGUUGUACGUGCGCUCUUCCGCAAGCCGUAAUCCAGGGGGUGUCAAACUCAUUUUUGUCACGGGCCACAUUGGCGUUACGGUUUCCCUCAGAGUUGCCGUUAUGACUCUAAAACCAGAAAAAUGUUUAGUCGCCUCAUCAUAUUUACACAAAAAAUUUGGGAACUCAUUUUGGAAUCAGAAAACAAGUAUAAUGGGUUUUUAAAUCAUUGUUCAACUUUGGUAAAACAAAAGUGCUUAUAAUAUCGCAAUAUCAUAAUUUAUGAUACAACAAUUUGAAAUUUUAGUGCAAAUUUUAACAAAAAUCGUAGACGUUGAUACACACGAUUUGCCUUCACGGACCACAUAAAAUCAUGUGGCGGGCCAGAAGUGGGCCCCCGGGCCUUGACUUUGACACCUGUGCCAUAAUCCAUCGUAGACACUUCGUCAACUGUUGUUUUAGGCUUUGGAAAAUGAGUCACUCUAGCAGGAUACCUUUCAUCAGAAUUGCACAUUCCCCAAGCGCAUCUGAGAAACAUUUUGUUAGUAACAUGAACUUUUCCAAGCGCCCGCUACUGACAACCAGCAUUACUUGUGGAGCAAUACGGCGAGAUGGGCGUGUCAAGGCAGGGGUUAAGACAUUGCGGCUAUCUGAUUGGCUAUUAUUGUACCGGUGAUUGACAGGUCGGAAAGGUCCAUUGCCUCUAAAACAUCAGAUUUAUGGGGAACCCCUCUGACAAAAAGAAGACUGGAAUAAUGGACACCCAUAUCGUUAAAUAAUGUCUUUGAAGAGAGUACGUAGACCUGGAGAACGUACAGUGGAUUAAACAAUGUUUAUUGUUUGCGAUGAUCGGCCUUCCCUUUCUGUCAAGGGUUAACGUUUCGCUCUGAGCAUUUCUCGCCUGACUUCAGCUUUAAUUUUUGUAUGCUUUUUCUUUUGACCUUCUCACGGGUGCCAUGAUUCCAAUGUUUGCAUAUUUAUCCUGUUUUUAACGUGACAGAUUUGUGUGCUCCGGCGGCACUCAAUUUAUUCCAGUUUGUUGCUGCAAAUAGUUUUUUUUCUUUUCUAAAUUCUACUGGGACAGUGACCCGCGGUUUGCUUGGGGUAAAUGCUGCUGAUAUUACUAAUCUGUGUUAAAAAAAAAAAAAAAUGAAAUUCCACACAGCACGAGAGCGGUUUGGUCGGAAUAUCAAAAGGUUGCUGACAUGCCUUGACUUCUUUGACUUCCCUAAUACACAAACUGUAGGUGUAAUUUAGAGCUUGUUGUUUUUACAUAAAUGUAUUUUUCCCCUCAAUUUAUAACAUUGUCUUAUAACAACCGAGGCAAAACAAUAAAAAAUAAAUAAAUAAAUAGAUAAACUUGUCGA